GACCUUGCGAUUGGCCAGCAUAUUGAAUUUCAAGAUGGAUCCUUUCUUACAUUUCUUGUCUUUGUGAGACCUGUCAGAUUUCAACUAGGUGUCGGCAUGGAGUAGACUGUGGACACGAUGGCCGACGCCUCGUCCAACAGCGACUCGGAGGAAUUCUUUGAUGCAGAGGACAACACUCCUCACCGCAGCAGCAGGAGAAGUCGGGCGAGCCUCAACAAGCAACAGGCCGCGUCAGCUGCUGCAGCGCUUGAUGCAGCAAGUGCCAAAUCAGCGCCCACUGAAGAGGAAACUCCAGCGCAGUUGCUUGAAGUGAGUAAGGCCAAUGUGCCAGGUUCAGAGGACUCGACACCUUCUGACGUGCCUGAUGGAACUAGCUCAAGAAAAGAGCUGUUGACGCUUCCUAUUGCUCCAGCUACAGUCGGAGACAAAGAGGAUGAGAUUAAAUCCAAGCUGGAGGAAACCGAGACCCGGCGAAGACGAGUUCAGGAGCUGCGCCAGCGCCUCACAACUGAUGAGGACUUGCAGGCCACAGCGGCUGCAGGCUCUCCCCAGGGCUCUGGCGCUUCAUCUGUUGACAACAUGUACCUGACAGGAAGGGCGUCAGUCCAGUCUGCCCCAUCCACUUCUCACCCCUUCCGAAUCAUUGAUACCACAGAUUCGGUCAGUCUGAGCUCUAUCGGUCGUGGCGGCCUCCUCCUCUCUCAAUUUAAAGCUGACUCUAUCCCUGUGGUGAUGUCGAUGGGUUCAUCUCAGGGUCUCCAGGAGCCAGAUGUGAUCGCCAGCACAAAAGGAGCGGUGCCUGUGGCGCCUCCUCGCCGCAAGAAACGCCAGCCGAAGCCACCAAGUGCCGUAAGACCGAGCGAGGAGCAGGUGAAGGAGGCCGGAUCUCCACCACUGCCCUCGCCGGCCAGUACGCUGGCCACCCUUGCGGAGGAAUGGGAGCGCAGCCUGGACCUGAAGGCAGCGGUCAAGGGCCAGUACGUGGUCAAGCCACAAGACACGGCCACUUCCAGAGCUGAGCCGUCCCCACCGCCCUCCUCACCUGCGUCGCCACUCGCAACCACCGCAUCUGCAGCCUCCGCCGCCGCGUCCUCAACCGCCCCCAUGCCGCCCCACUCGUCCUCUUGCUCCUCGGGCUUCAGUUCCGCUUGCUCCAGCCUUCCUAGAUCAGCACGUCCCAGUCCCAGGAACUCCAAGGAGAGAAAUGGCGUUGCUGGCAUCAAGGCUGAGGAUCUUGGCGUCAGGACAAGGACUGACUCUGGCAAACAGCUUACUGACUUGGAAAUACUUGAACAAGUGACGGUGCUGAACUUAGACACGGGCGAACGGGUGCCACUCUCUAUCGCCGAAGACAAGCUACCUCAGUGCAUCAACCCACUGUCUCUGCACAUUAUGCGCUUGACCUCAGAAUAUGUCAGCAAUUCGAGUUUGGAAAAGGAGCGCGAGAGCGAUGAAGAAAGCAUCAUGAGUGAACGGCCGCAGACACAGGCUGACGACACUGAGAGCAUCAAUAUCCCUGUGAAAAAGAGGAGCCAAUUCCGCAGAUUGAUUGGCCAGUCGGUCAGAAAAACCAUUGACAAAGCGAAGCACCUGGCCCAUGAAGUGCGAAUGCAUGGUUCAGCGAGCAACUCUAGUAAAGAGGCGCUCAAGGAGCCGGACGAAGAGGAGGCCGCCACUAAGAUAAAGUUGCGCGCAGGACACAAGGGUCCCUAUGAGUUUGACUGCGUUAAACAGCUACAGGACAUGUCCAACGCCCAUUCAGGGCCUAUUUGGUGCGUCCGGUUCUCCGUGUGCGGCCGGCUUUUGGCGACCGCUGGCCAGGACCGUGUGCUGCGGGUGUGGGUUCUGCGCGAAGCACUUGCCUAUUUCUCCGACAUGUGCACUAAGUACAGCCACCCAAAGAGUUCUCCUACUCCGUCGCAAGAGUCUUUGCAGGCGGCGACGGCCCUUGAGGAGCCUAAAUUUUCAGUAGAUGACGGCCUGGGCCCGUUCGUGGCUCGACCAUUCGUGUCGUAUGUUGGUCACACGUCUGACCUGCUUGACGUCUCCUGGUCCAAGAAUUACUUUGUACUCAGCUCCUCCAUGGACAAGACUGUCCGGCUGUGGCACAUAUCCAGACAAGAGUGCCUCUGUUGCUUUCAGCACAUAGAUUUCGUCACCGCCAUUGUCUUUCACCCAAGGGAUGAUAGGUAUUUCCUGUCUGGCUCGCUGGACGGAAAACUAAGGCUGUGGAACAUCCCUGACAAGAAGGUGGCUGUGUGGACGGAAGUUGAGGGCCCAAUCAAGUUGGUUACGGCCGCCAACUUCUGCCAGAAUGGAAAAUUUGCUGUGAUUGGCACUUAUGAUGGUCGUUGUGUCUUUUACACCACAGAGAACCUCAAGUACCAUACACAGAUCCACGUUCGCUCCUCAAGAGGCAGGAAUAGUCAGGGCAGGAAGAUAACUGGGAUUGAGCCCAUGCCUGGGGAGGAUAAGAUCUUAGUGUCCAGUAAUGACAGUAGGAUCCGACUCUACGACCUGAGGGACCUGAACCUUUCUUGUAAAUACAAAGGCUAUGUCAAUAUUAGUAGCCAAAUCAGCGCAAGCUUUAGUCAUGAUGGAAAAUACAUCACAAGUGGAUCUGAAAACCAAGUCAUAUACAUCUGGAGGACCUACCAUGAACAAGCCAAGUUCACGUCAGCUCGCCGGGACAGGAACAGUUUUUGGGAAGGCAUUAAAGCGCACAACGCAAUGGUGACAUGCUCUGUAUUUGCGCCUCAUCCAGCCUCCAUCAUUCGUCAACUGGAGGCGACGGCGUCGCUCAACCUGCUAGGAGCAGCCGCUUCUGGGACACUGCAGGCUUCAACAACGCCGGAGGCUGGCGGUCCCAGCGGCGAGGGCUACAUCCUCAUAUCGGCUGACUUUAACGGAUGCCUCAAGGUGUUCCUUAACAGGCCCAAAGCCAAGCACAGUUCGCUGCCGGCCUCCGCGAUGGCUUGAACCACCCAGACCCAACAUCACUCCCCCUACAAGUGCGUUGUUGACUAUUCUUAUAGCCCAGUGUUAUCGGUGUAAUCCUUUUAAUAAAAGCCAUAUCAAGCAUGAAACAAAUUUUUGACUCAAUACCGUGGACUGUGCUGUUAUCUCAAUAA